GUGAUCGAGUCCCGGGACGCCGGCUGUGACAGCUACCCCCACCUCGCCUCCAGCGAGGCCUAUCAUUUAACUGUAGCAGAGCCUGUGGCUGUACUGAAAGCAGAUGAGGUAUGGGGUGCUUUAAGAGGUUUGGAAACCUUCAGCCAGUUGGUACAUGAGGAUGACUAUGGAAGUUUUCUUGUCAAUGAAUCUGAAAUCUACGACUUCCCAAGAUUUGCUCAUAGAGGAAUCUUACUAGACACGUCAAGGCAUUAUUUACCAUUGAAAUCUAUUCUUACAAACCUGGAUGCCAUGGCUUUUAACAAGUUCAAUGUUCUCCACUGGCAUAUAGUAGACGAUCAGUCGUUCCCUUACCAGAGUAUUUAUUUCCCUGAGCUAAGUGACAAGGGAGCCUACUCCUAUAACCACAUCUACACUCCUACUGAUGUCCAUCUGGUGAUUGAAUAUGCUCGGUUAAGAGGCAUUAGAGUUAUCCCAGAGUUUGAUACCCCAGGACACACACAGUCUUGGGGAAAAGGUCAAAAAGAUCUUCUCACCCCUUGUUACAAUGGAGAACAGCCAACUGGGUCCUUUGGACCUGUAAAUCCCAUUUUGAAUACAACUUAUGACUUCAUGACUAAAUUCUUCAAAGAAAUCAGCAGUGUAUUUCCAGAUGCAUACAUUCAUUUGGGAGGAGAUGAAGUGAACUUCGAUUGUUGGAAAUCUAACCCUGAAGUGAAAGAGUUCAUGAAGAAGCAAGAAUUUGGAUUUGACUAUGCUAAAUUGGAGUCUUACUAUAUUCAGAAGAUUUUGGACAUUGUUGCUUCCUAUAACAAAGGAUACAUGGUGUGGCAAGAAGUGUUUGAUAAUAAAGCGCAGCUGAAACCAGACACUGUAGUUGAAGUGUGGAUGGAAAACAACUACGCCCAUGAACUGAGCAGCGUCACUGGAGCUGGGUUCACUGCUAUCCUGGCAGCUCCAUGGUACUUAGACUACAUUAGUUAUGGGCAAGACUGGAAGAAAUACUACAGCGUUGAACCGCUUAACUUCCCUGGAUCUGAAAAACAGAAAAAGCUUUUAAUAGGUGGAGAAGCCUGCCUGUGGGGGGAAUUUGUGGAUGCAACUAACCUCACACCAAGAUUAUGGCCUCGAGCAAGUGCUGUAGGGGAAAGGCUCUGAACCGAUUUGCAGGAUGCCUAUAGAAGACUGACUAGUCACCGAUGCCGCAUGCGCCGCCGUGGCAUAGCAGCCGAACCUGUCUUUGUUGGCUACUGCACCCAUGAAGCAAGAGGGCGGUAA